UACACAAAUCACGACUCCAGGCGUCCAAGAAAGCACUGAAAGUUCUCUUUACGACGACGAAGAAAGUUUAAAGAAAGUUCAAUAUGAUGUCGAUAAUGGCCCAGACACAAUUAGUAUUAAACACGAAUCUGGAUUUGACUUCAAUAUGGAUGUAAUUCAGCCAUCAGAGUCGGUUAUUACUACUACUGAAAGUACUCGUAUCACAGAUGAUUUAGGCGUUAUUCCUAUUCAAGAUUUUAGUUCCAAGCCUACAGAACCAUUACAGACACUCAAACCUUCUGCCACUCUUAUUGAAUUACCUCAAGAGUCCGUCGUUACGGAAAGUGAUUUGAGCGAGAUGUUAACAAAUUCUGAGGAAGAAUCGGAAAAUACAGCUGCAGAAGUAACUGAAAAACCGGAGGAAGAAGAAGAAGAAGAACAGGAAGAAGAUGAAGAACACACGGAAUCAGGAGCUGAAGUUUUCACAACUACCGAGAGUGGUCACAGUGAUGAGUCCUUUGAGGAUAUAGAGACAACCACUGAAACAAAACACGAAUCUCACGAAGAAGUUGUGUGCACAGCUGGCUUAGAAACACAAUCAACAAUGACUACUGCUUACAAGACUUUGACCUAUCUGACAACAUACUUUAUACCUUUGGAAAGUUCAGUGACUACUACGUCAGUCAAAUCUGAUGUCGUUGUAGAGAGUGAUGUAGGCUAUCUUACAAACAUUGUCUGUAAUACCAACGUGAAUAUCGAACCUACUGCUGUUGUGUCUAUAGAAGUAAAAUCAUCAGUCCACACCAGCUUGGAAGUUCCUGAAACUGUAUCGGAAGAGGCGGUAACAAAUGCACCAGAAGUAGUAACUGAAGAAGUACCAAAAACUACUCAAACAGAGCAAGAACCUACAACUCAGGAGCAAGAAGAAAACGAUCAAAGUCAAGCAAAUGAAAAUAUUGCUACAAAAUCUGAUGAUUUCGUAGAAGAAAAAGAACCGACGACCACCACAACUACUACUACGACUACAGAAGCUCCAGUGACUAGUCAAAGCCAUAUUGAAGUCUCUGUUAGCACAGAACAUUCAACAACACCUACAGAAAAGCCUGAAUCCGAAGAGGAAGAAGAAGAACCUUCGACCAAUGACAAUGAAAUAGAUCUAAUUUACAAAACACUAUACACUACCUACACAUACUUCACUACAUUCUUCGGAGAUCAAACUUCAAGUAUAGCCAGUCACAAAUCUGUUAUUACAAACAUUAUUACAUCUACUUUAGACUUGUCAAAACUUGAUCCAUCUUUGCUUGGAGCUUUUGAUGAAGAUGAGAUUGCACCAACUAGCGUUGGAAUUGGUCGUCCUACAGAGUCGUUUGCAAUCAACAGUAUUAUUGAUUUAGUUAAAAAUAAGGAUGUUAUUGAAUCUGUUGAAAGUGACGACAUUUAUUCCUCUCAAACACCUACUCCGUCAUUGGGUGAUGACGUUGUAGCCAGUAUCAAACCUGACGCUGUUAAAACUUAUUACACGACUUAUACCUUCUUCACAACGAUAUACGUAGGUACUGAUGCUAAUGUGUGUAGCAGAAGUGAAGUUUACACAAACUACGUUGGUCCUGAUGAAUUGAUACCUACUAAGAGUAACCCAUUGGCAGCCGAAAGCACUAGAGCUCAGUUUGACUUCAGAAACUGCAAACAAGUUAAGAGAGAUCCUCCAGCAAAUCCUGAAGAGAACUCGUCUGUUGAAACUAGUGUAAGCAUGGAAGAAGAUAAGGCUGAUUCUGUGGAAGUAAGCAAAGAAACUCCACAACCAAGCCCUAUUGAAGUUGACAUGUUGUUCAGUGUUGAAUCAAAUCCGCUUGAAUCUGAAAACUCUUAUGUAACUGACGUGAAAUCUUCAUCAUCUAGGGGAGAAAGACAAUUCUUAGACAGCAACAAUAUCUUAGAAGAUCAAAUCAGUUCCGAGAGCAACAUUGAUGAAAUAAUGCCCUCACCUACACUUAUUUUACAAACAAGCUACACUACAUUCACAUACUUCACUACGAUGUACAUUGGUAAAGACUCUAGCAAAGUCAAGAGUCAUUUAGAGACGAUCACAAAUGUUGUAACGGGAACAAUCAUGCCAAAUAAUAAAAAAGAACCUGAAGAAGAAAGCAACUUGCCAAUUACUUACUAUACAACAUUCACUUACUGGACAACUCUCUACAAAGAUAAAUCUACUACCAUCACUAGUCGCGAAGAAAUUGUCUCAAAUGUAGUUCUACCUACAGUUCAGGUUGUGCCAACUGUUAGCCCCAUUGAUACAACUCCUAUUGAUAUUGACAGUGUGCUGCCGCCUAAAGAACUAGAAGUUGAAAUCAAACCAUCACUUGUUGAUGAUAACUUAGAGCAAGACGAUGGUAAAGCUACAUUCUACACAACAUACACAUACUUUACAACUUUCUACGCAGGCAACACGUCUGAAAUUAGGAGUAGCUUGGAAACUGUCACAAAUAUCGUUGACAAUACGAAGGUUGUCGAGGAUAACCAGUUAGGUCGUAAGGUACCUUCUGGUUCUGUAGAUAAGAAUCUCAUUCAAGACAAUGGUGACAAACCUAAGAUAGUCCCAACUGUGGUUAAGGAAGAAAUCAAGGCAACUCAGCUUCCUGAUAUUUCAGGGGCCUCUCCAACAGUACUUUUAGGCACGUAUAUUGACAAUUUAUUCGCAGAAGUUAAACCAGCGGAUAACGUUCCAACACCAGAACCUGAGAAAAAGAUAUUAUUCAGUCAAGUUGCUGUCAUUUCUGGUGACUCAACAGUAGUUACUAGUGAUAACAAAACUUUGAAUACUGAGGCCACUACUACACCAGCUUCAACAACCACGUCUUCCACUGAAGGUGCUAUUAUUAGCGCGAGCCCAGAUGUCAUCGAAAGUUCGGUGGGAGAGCCUGAAGUAACCACUGAAACGAAACCGGAAGUAGAAGAGGAAGAUUCACUAAAUACUAGGAAGAAGAGUCGGCUUUCUUUCACACCUAAGAAACCCACAUUCACACCUGUAAUUAUACCAUUCGCUUCAAGAAACAGGCCAACAUUCAGUCCGAAGAGGGUGCCAUUGCAAAGUAGUGCGGCUACAAUCACUCGUUUAGACGUCACACCGACUAUUACUGCUACGCCCACAUUGAAAUCGGUUAGACCUAGUGGCUUCGGAGCUAAUAGAAAGCAAUCAGCUUCUCCUGGAUCGUCAAGUCCUGGACGUAGAUUCUCUGGUUCUCGUAGUAGCAUAAACUUAUCGUCAAACAUUCCUUCAGCUUCAAGAGCUGGUGGUUUCCCACGAGGAAGUAUAAGACCUACAUCGCAACGUUCAGGUUUCAGGUCGAGCUCACUUAGGAGCAACAGUUUGGACUACGCAAGCAGGUCAGCUGUUCCUAGAAUAAGACCUACUGCUUCAUCAAGGCUGAGGAAUAACAGGAAUUCAGCCACUAUUGCUUUCCCAUCACCUGAUCAGAAUGAGGGUGAAACUUUGGCAACUCAGCAAGAGGAAACUGCAACUGAACCUUUAGAGGAGGCAUCUGAGGCUCCAAUUAGGACCACCAAUAACCCACUGCUGAAGUUUAGAAGACCACCUUUGGUCAGACAGCCUGGUACGGCCAUUACUCCUCGAUCAACAACCCCAUCUGCUAGGAGAAAUAAUAUUGUUCCACGUGGACGUAUCACAACGACAACCAAGAGAAGUACCACGCGCUCCACUUCAAAUCCUCUUCUCAAUCUUCGUAGACAAAGACCUACCAACUCUCUUUUCCCAAGAAGAAACUUAUUCCAAAGACCUGAACCUGAACCAGAGGAAGAAAUCAAGGAAGACGAACAGAAGGUUGAAGAAAGUGAGGAAAUAUUAGAAGAGGAAGAAGAUUUCGAGGAAGAUAAUGAUUAUGAUUCUUCUGACAGGAAAGAACGGCAAGUCGCAACUCCAUCUACCUCUGCCCCGAUAAAAUCAAAUAUCGUUUCAAUAAGACCGUUUGCUUUCAGGCGAAGAUCAAAGCGUCAGGUUGAUUAUGGCAGCAGAAAGUAUACUAAUUUCCGAAGGCCUGGUACAGUGGCCAAACCUUCGGCAAACAGACGUACAGAACCCGAGCCAGAAACUGAACCGCCGGCACCGGCGACACAGAAACCAAGACCUGGUAACAGAUUUAGCGGACGCGUUUCUAGUAACUCUAGGGCUACUACUGCGUCUGUUCCCAAAGCAUCAUCAAGACAGCCAUUUAUCAUUCGCGGAGAAAGUCGUUCCACAACCACUGCUAGCCCAGCUUACAGAAGAGGCAAGUCUUCGCGACCCUCUGCUAGGACGACCACUUCUUCCACUAGACCGAAAGCUCCUAGACUCACUGGUAGUAAUAGGAACUCAAACUCUGAUAGAUCUAGGACCACUUCUUCAAGAACAACUGGUAGGUCACGUACACGUACUACUACCAGUAGAGCAAGCAGCAGACAAAGAAAUUCUUUCGAGAGCAACAGCGGAGAGAGAUUCAGCCACAACAACCCUCUUAACGAUGGAAAAAUCACCAUCACACACCAGAUCCCAACUGAAGUUACGAUACCUUUUGUAAACGGUAAAAUCACAGAGUACAAAAACGUUUUAUCAGCCACUCCUAGUAUACAAAUUCUACCAAGAAAUCAAGUAUCUACUACGCUAGGUCCUUUGGGUAAUCAGCAGCUUGUGUUAGCUCAGGAAUCGACCGAAUUAGCUGAGAAUGGGGGCACUAGAUUGAUCAGGUACAUUUUGCACGAGACACCAACCACGACUGUUGUUUUCACACCGACUACAAUAAGGGGUAGGAAGACUUCUUACUCUCAUAUUCUGCCAAGUACUGUGUACAAUGUCGAGCCUGUUACCCAAACUGUUGCGCCUGAGAUUAAUGCCAAUGUGCCGUUAGCAAAUCUGCUACUAUCUCAGCUUCUAUUAGGAAACCAACAACCUGCGAUCAAUCCUCUCCUGGCCCUUCAAGGACAGGGUUUGUUACCGCAGCAACAAGUCGCCCAAACCCCUGUUACAGAGUACAAGACCCGAACAACAAGCUAUGUUACCACCGUCACUGAUGCCAGGGAAACUGUCUUGCCAAUUACGUUUAAAGGCAAAGCUAUUUUGACUACGAUUGUUGAUCCGACAACUAGCGUAGUCACAGCAACCGAAUUUAUCACUGAUACAAUAGUUACAACUCCAACAGUAUUGGGGCAGGCUCAACCUCAGUUGAAUUCUCUUCUAUUACCUUUACUUCUUCAGCAACAGCAGCAGCAGCAGGCUCUGACGUUGCAAACUCCAAAUCCCCUUCUUGGUUUGGGCGGUUUGGGAGCGCCAGAUUUGUCUUUACUCCAAAACAAUAACAUUAACCUCAAUAAUGAUAUUUAUAGUAACAGUCCUAAACCAAACAUUCAUUCUGACAUAGCUAGUAAUGAGGACUUCUCAGAGGAGAUUCAGGACAGUGGCGAGGAUCUCCCACCUCCGCCGCCUCCUUCUCGUUCGAGGAACAAGGCUAGAACCCCUAAACCUGCACCACCGGCCCCACCUUCCCCACCGAAGCACACUAGUGUUGUGACUCUUUACGUCUCUGGUAGACACCCUGGAGAAUUCAGCACAGUAUUAUCCACUGUUGUGAGCGAAGAAACUCAGACUGUAAGGAAACGAGAGGCAAUUUAUUACGAAGAUGUCAAGGUAUUGCCCUCAAUUCUGCCAUCUCUUGACGAAGUUUACAGCUCCCUUGGUGUUAUCGAAAACUCUAUCAUUCCUAGUUCUAUGAAGUAUUUGGACAGUGCCAAUGAGAGUGAAGGGACCCAGAGCUUAGAGAGUAUAGUGGGGGAGAUUAGUAAACACAUUAAGUACGACGCUUCACCAACAUACGUCGUGGAAUUAUCCUCAACAAAACUAACGGACACAAGGCAAAGUUCUGUAGAUGGCGUCUCGUGAGAGCUCAUACAAACGGUUAGGUGUAUAAAGUAAUGAAUUAGUUAUUUAUUUACAUUGUAACAUAGUAAAUUAACUAUGAAUAGUGCCUUAUAGUUUUAAAGAUCCAUUAGUUUUAGGAACAAAAUACUCCUUUGUACUUGACUAGGUAUAACAUUCUUUAGGAUCACCAAAAAUAUGUCUAAUGUUACCAGAUGUGGUGGGUACAAACGGCUAGGUAACAGCACAGUAUGUAUAUUUACUGUGGUAACAGUAUAUGCUCACUGCGUAAGAGUAUACAUGUAGUGUAUUGUAUAGUUGUAAAUCUGUAAUACUCGUCCUUCCUUCGCUUACGACUGUACAUUGCAAAUACGACUUAAAAUGUUAAAAUAAUAAAUUUUAUAAAAAUU